AUGACGCAAGUAUCUGUGCAAAGCGCACCCCGCUAUCUGACCGGCGAUAAGGCCGGUCUCAAGGAGUUCCUGGACAAGUUUGAUGUAUUCCUCUUCGACUGCGAUGGAGUGCUAUGGUCCGGUGACCACCUCUUCCCCGGGACAGUGGAGACAUUAGAGCUUCUCCGGAAGAAUGGAAAGCAAGUCGUUUUCGUGACGAACAACAGCACCAAGUCCCGCGCAGACUACCGCAAGAAGCUGGAGGGCCUCGGUAUACCCAGCACAGUCGAAGAAAUCUUCUCCUCGUCAUACAGCUCCUCAAUAUACAUCUCGCGCAUUCUCAAACUCCCCGAAAACAAGCGCAAGGUCUACGUGAUUGGCGAAACAGGCAUCGAGCAAGAACUUCAAUCAGAGAAUGUCCCCUUCAUCGGCGGAACAGACCCAGCCUACCGUCGCGACGUCACACCAGAAGACUACAAGAAGAUCGCCGCAGGUGAUGAAUCAAUCCUAGACCCAGAGGUCGGAGUCGUCCUCGUCGGUCUGGACUUCCACAUGAACUACCUCAAGAUCGCACUGGCAUACCACUACAUCAAGCGCGGCGCCGUCUUCCUCGCAACCAACAUCGACUCCACACUGCCCAACUCCGGGACUCUGUUCCCUGGUGCUGGAUCGAUGAGUGCGCCACUCAUUAUGAUGUUAAAUAAGGAGCCUGUGGCGCUUGGAAAGCCUAGUCAGGCGAUGAUGGAUGCUAUUGAGGGCAAGUUCCAAUUUGAUCGUAGCCGUGCUUGUAUGGUAGGUGAUCGGGCUAAUACUGAUAUUCGCUUUGGGCUUGAGGGAAAGCUUGGUGGCACGCUCGGUGUGCUGACUGGUGUUUCUUCUAAGGAGGACUUUGUUUCUGGGGAUUCUAAGCCUCAUGUCUAUUUGGAUAAGCUUUCUGAUCUGCUUGAGUCUGAGUAG